UUUUAUUUAGUGGAACGUACCAUAGCACAGCGAGCGUGGGGGGGACCGCGCACACAGGCGGCCAGCGGUCUGUGCGGCGUAUCUGGGAACACCCCCGCUGUGUGAGCUUCCCGGGUCCCAGGCAUCAUGCUCCCCGACUGAGGGACGUCUGGAUCGGUGGAGGGUCCGACUCCUGUGUCAGUGGCAGAUUAUGCGUAAGCCAUGGCGCAAGUAGAGAAGAAAGUGGGGCUUCUGCGGAAGUCCUCGGCCUCCAAGAAGCCGCUGAAAGAAAAAGUGGUGCUGAUGUACGAUGAGAUCUUUACGAGAGAUGACCCCACCAAAUGCAACCCCCGAUUUUGGGAUGAACUCUUCCUCAUGAAGGUGAAUCUAGAGUAUCUGGAGGCGAAGUUGGAGUCUCUAGAUGGAGAAGAAUUAAUGAAGAUAAAGGACAAUAUUAACAGCCUCUUCCAGCAUUGUAUCCAGGCUCUGGGAGCCGAGCACCAGAUCCGAGUGGUCAACUCCCUACAGACACUCUGCGCAUUGAUCCGUGGGGUUCACCAGAAGAACAAGCCUACAUCCGGCUUUGAUAUUAUAAACAUGCUAAUGGGAUUUGAUAAGGCAGAACUUCGAAUGAAGAAUCUGAUGGAGAGUUUGGAUAUUCUGCUGUGUGGGGACGGCUCGGAGAGUUUAAAGAGCCUUUGCCUGAAGCUUCUACUCUGCUUAGUCACCGUGACAGAUAACAUCAGCCAGAAUACCAUUUUGGAAUAUGUUAUGAUUAACAGCAUAUUUGAGGCGAUCUUGCAGAUUCUGUCUAACCCCCCCAGCCGCAGGGAACACGGCUAUGACUCCGUCGUGUUGCUUGCCCUACUGGUCAACUACAGGAAAUUUGAGUCUGUGAACCCGUACAUUGUGAAGUUGUCUAUUGUGGAUGACGAGGGAACACUGAAUGGGAUGGGACUGGUAAUAGCCCGUGCGCUGUUUGAAUACAACACGCAAUACCGGGACAAGCAGGAAGAAAACCAGACCGGGUUUUUCUCUGCCCUAACGAGUAUGGUGGGCAGUAUGUUCAUAGCAGAUGGGGAUGAGAAGAUCUCCGUGCAAACGAAUGAGGCCAUACUGCUAGCACUUUAUGAAGCCGUGCAUCUGAAUAGGAACUUCAUUACUGUGUUGGCGCAGAGUCAUCCUGAGAUGGGCUUAGUCACGGUACCAACCAGCCCCGUUCCUACAACACCUACCACCCCGCUGGGUACCACGCCGCCCUCCUCAGAUGUGAUCGGCCCGACGGAACUUCCCCUCGAUGCUGAUGUGCAAACGAGUAAUCUGCUCAUUACCUUCCUGAAAUACAGCUCCCUUGUCAUGCAAGACACAAAAGAUGAACAUCGGCUUAAUAGUGGCAAACUCUGUCUCAUCAUCCUGACUUGUAUCGCCGAGGACCAAUAUGCCAAUGCUUUCCUACACGAUGACAACAUGAAUUUCCGUGUGAACCUCCACAGAAUGCCCAUGAGACAUCGGAAAAAGGCAGCUGAGAAAAAUAUCCCCUGCCGCCCCCUGGUGUGCGCUGUGCUAGAUCUGUUGGUGGAAUUCAUAGUAACUCAUAUGAUGAAGGAGUUUCCUAUGGACCUCUAUACCCGCUGUAUACAGAUUGUGCACAAGCUCCUGUGUUACCAGAAGAAGUGCAGAGUGCGGCUGCACUACACCUGGAGAGAGCUCUGGUCAGCACUGAUAAAUCUGUUGAAAUUCCUCAUGUCUUACGAAACUGUUCUACUAUCAAAGCACAACAUUUUUACCCUGGCUCUAAUGGUGGUCAAUUUGUUUAACAUGUUCAUCACCUACGGAGACACCUUCCUUCCCACCCCCAGCAGCUACGAUGAGUUAUACUAUGAAAUCAUCCGCAUGCACCAGAUUUUUGACAAUCUUUACUCUAUGGUGCUUCGUCUUUCUACCAACGCAGGACAGUGGAAGGAACCCGCCAGCAAAGUGACCCACGCAUUGGUCAAUAUCAGAGCCAUUAUAAACCACUUUAAUCCUAAAAUUGAGUCCUACGCGGCUGUGAAUCACAUUUCGCAGUUAUCCGAGGAACAGGUUUUAGAAGUCGUACGUUCCAAUUAUGACACGCUGACUUUGAAACUGCAAGAUGGACUUGACCAGUAUGAACGAUAUUCCGAGCAACACAAAGAAGCCACGUUCUUUAAGGAGCUGGCUCGGUCCAUUAGUAUCAAUGUACGGAAAAACCUCGCCUUCAACACACUCAGCCAAGAGGCACUACUGAAAGAGUUCUCUACCAUCUCCUGAAACUGCCCCAAUGUGAAACACUGGCCAUUGUUAGCGCAUUCCCUAUCAGACAAUUAUCCGUCUGGUGCUUGGAACAUUACCCAGUUUUUAAUUUCCCUUUUAAAUAUAAUCUCAUUUUUAGCACCUAAUAUAGUUGUUUAUUGAAUUUGGCCCCUGUGUGAUGCAGUUUAGUAGUGCUCGCCAAAGAGCACAGGAAUAAGACCACCACCGUCUGAAACACCAGUGCUACGGACAACUGACCGGAGAGAUGUCAUGGAACAGGUCUGGCAGUUCUGUGUAUUAUUUAAAAAUAGCCGUAGCCCCUCCGCCCCCCUCCGCCCCCUUUUGUAUUGUGGUAAAUAAAAUGAUCUACUCGUUGCCUUACAGAUAGCAAAUCAUUAUUUCCCGUGAUGGUCUACUUACAUACACUGGCCUCUCUUCCUAACUGUAAUGUGAAUGUUACCGUAGAGUUUUGGGGGUAGCGGGAACGGCGUCCAAUGGCCUGUUUAUCUGAUAUACCAAAUAAGUUGGCAGACCUGGAGGCUUUGCCUUACCAAAGCCAGUAGCCGGACUGAACAAUUGGAUGUUGAUGUGUGUGGACAGCUUUAAGGUCUUCCAGCUGCGAAAUCUGACAUAAAAUGAGUUUACGUUUCAUGUAGUAUUAAAUUAUUGCUACACUU